AUGAAUAAUGGCGUGGAAGCUCAAGAGGAGGAUCAGAAUCAUUCGACUACAGAAGAAAUAGAAUUAGAUAGAAUUCAAAAAGUGCAUACGGCCCUUUUAAACGAAAUGAAUCAUGUUAGUACUUG